AUGGGAUGUCAUUGUAACGUACAAGAAAUUGAAUGCACUCAUCAUGCGGAAGAGCCGAAAAAGAAAAUUUAUCCAGAUAAUGUACCGUACUUACCACUACCAGGCGAUAAAUAUGGAAAUUCUGCUCCAAAGGAAAAUCCUCAGGACCAAAGCGGACCCUGGGCCACCGGUAAAGUCUCGUGGAAUCCUUCGGCAGGAAUCACAGGAGUGCGGCCGAUUGUUGAUCGUUACACCAUAACCAGAUACAGUAUGAAAGACUGGAGAAAAAAAAAUCAAGAUGAGUUAGAUAAAGCUUUUUUUACAACUAAAUUAAAGUCUGAUGUUAAAUGUACAAUGGAUUCCAUUAUUGAGGCAACCGACAAACAUCAAUCAGAUAAUUUUUUUUAUCUGGAAGACAGAUUCAAAGAAGUUAGAGAUAGUAAGGACGAUAUUGAAACACUUGUAAAAGAUUUCAGAGAGGAAAUUGUACUGUUGACAGAAACAAAGAUUAAACUUAAAUAUUCUCUUCCGGCUCUUAAAAUACCCGAAUCCAUUGCUGGAGAAUGCAUUGACAGGCGUACAACUAGAAUUGAACCUGAUUUGGUUAAGGACGAAGUAGAAAUUGAAUUGGUUAAGGAACUGUCAAUGGUUAAUAGCGUUAGAGAACUUUACGAAGACUUAAUUAAAAAUCUUGAAAAACAAAUAAAAAGUAAUAAAGCUAUAAAAGAUCAAUUAGAACUAGCAUGGAGUGAUAAAAAAGAAACUUGUGAAAUCGAAACUGUUAAUAUCGGUAUAAAAAAUAAUACGCCGACAAUUGGUUAUCACGGAGGAGCAAUAAGGUUUCCUGGAACGCAAUCCACGCCGGAAUCUUGGGCAAUUUACAACGCCACUCUUAUAACCAUGGCAAAAGAUGAACUUACCAAAUCGAGAGAUCUCCGAAAAACAGCCGAAGAAAAUAUAAUUGAAGAAUGUGUAAGAAAUCUUCGGAAGCAAGCCGACAUUGUGCACAAUGCUCUAUUAAAGAGAAUCGAAGAAAUGGAUCAAUGUCGACAAAUGUUCGAAAACGAACUUCGAGAUGUUUUACGGCAAAUAAGUGAAACCGAAUCGCUUUAUGACGGCCUUUUGAAGUUACAACGACAGUUAGAACACAACACAAAAGUCGUUGAAACAAGGCUUAACAAUCGUUUGAAAAGACCGAGAGCAGAAAAUUGUAAAGAUGUCCCCGAACUAGAGCUCUUCGAAGAAGCCGAACACAUAAAUGAUUAUAAAAAGCGUUUAAAACAACAAAUUUAUGACGUUGACAAAACAGUUUCAAAACUUUACGAAACUCGAAGCAAUUUAGAAUAUGUUAUAUUAACAAAAAGAAAAUCCCUGUAUGUUGACCAACAGCGUUGUUUGGCAUACAGAGAACGUUAUCCUAGUGCAGACACCUUAGCUGGAGGCAACGCCUGA